AUGCAAGAAAAUUAUAAUUUUAAUUGUUCUCCACAAUUGAGACUAGUUUCAAAUAAUUUAUAUUUAUCCAAAAAAAGUAUAAUGAAAUCAGUUCAAUUAAACAUUGAAGAAAAAAGAGAAUCAAUUAAAAUUUUAGAUAUUGGCUGUUCUCAUGGAUACAACUCGAAUGUUGAAUUAAACUAUAUUAUUUCUAUUAUUAGAGAUGAAAUGAAAUGCAACAAGUUGAUUGAAAUUAUUCAUACUGAUCAAGAAAAGAAUGAUUUUACCAAGCUGUUCCUUCUCUUAAAUAAUGACUUACAAUCCUAUUUAAAAAAAUGGGAUAACAUUUAUUAUUAUUCAAGAGGUGCUUCAUUUAUGAAUCAAUUGGUACCAGAUAGCUCUGUGGAUAUCAUCAUAUCAUUCUUUACUUUACAUUGGGGUGACGAAAAUGAACCAUCACUCAAAAGUAAUGACCUAUUUCCAAAGUGUAAAAACACCACUCCGGAAUUUGACGUCUAUGUUUAUGAGAGAUUAAAGAAAACAAUAGAGAUUCGUUACAAAGAAUUAAGAAAUGGUGGUACUUUUAUUUUUAAUUUAUGUGCUGGUAAAACUGAAGAACAAUUACAAAUAACUGAAGAUGGUUAUAGAGGUGCCAAAGACAUUUUCAGAGAAAUGGCAAAUGAAAACAUUCUCAGCCAUCAAGAGGUUAAUGAUAUGACUCUUCCACUCCUCUUUUUUAGAGCAAAUAUAAUCGAUAGAGUUUUGGAAAAUAUGGAUGAUGGUUUUAAAUGUCAAGUAGAGAAAUACUUUUUCCUUGAUUGGAGUCAAGAAAGUAGGGAAGCUACAACUACAAAAAAUGAUGCCAUUAAAUACUUCGUAGACUCGACACUAGGUUACCAAGGUGGUUAUAUCAAGAAGGAAAUUAAAGGUGAUGAAAAAACUGUUAAUAAAAUUUAUAAUCAAUUUUAUAAUAGAUUUAUUCAAAAAUUAGAAUCAAAUCCAAAUUUUAAUAUUUCAUUUGAUUUUAUCUUUUUAGUUUUAAAAAAAGAUUAA